AUGGCGACUACAAGAAGACCAGAGAAGCCCUCGGCGGUCCCCUCAGAUCUAAUCCCGUCUUCAUCGCCAGCUUUCGGAACACCGGUUCAUCCCAUCAAUCCCCGCAGAACAGCGCCCAUACGCGCCCCGCCUGCAUUGAAGCCAGUCGGGAAGUCCACUGUUCUUCCCAUACUCCUCCCACCGGCGACACUACGACCGCUCGCAUUUCGAACAUUUACGAAGAAACACAACCUCACCCUCACAUCUUCCGCUCUCCAAGCAUUAGCAACGUUUGUAGGGAAGCACUGUGGAUCAGGAUGGAGAGAGGAAGGUCUAGCAGAAAAGGUAUUGGAGGAGGUCGCAAAGAGCUGGAAGAAAUGCGGUGGUCAAGUCAUCGUAGAAGGCGACAAUGAGACGCUCAAAGGCAUACUCAAGACGCUCGAAGGUUCAAUGAGCGGAGGGAGGGUGGUCCAAGGCUCGACUCUGGGCAGGCAAAGCAGUUUCAACUUUGGACCUGAGAUAGCUGGUCAGAUUAAUCGUCCGAAUCUGGAUAGCACUAGCAGUUUCGGCAUGUCCAGUCUGGAAGUACAAGACAAGGAUGAAGAAGAAGACCUGCUGAAAGAUCCAAGAGAGUGGAUGAAGGUCAUUGGCGCGUUCGAGCAGCCGAAGCUGAUAUAUAACGCCACUCAGAAGCAUUUUGAGAAGUCUGCCAAAAAGCCAUCGCUAUUCCCAGAUCCAUCACACAAGACCGAGCUCUUCCGUCAACGCUACCACAUCGUACACCAGCGCAUACUCCGUAACGAGACAUUCCAAGCACCUACCUUCUCUACAGCCCGUUCUGCUGGCCUCAGCCGGACGGGAUCGAUUGCGACAUCCCAGAUGAACACUAUCACUCCAAUCGCCAAUCUACUUGGUCGGACUGGAAGCACGCAUCUGUUGCUAGGCAUGCUCACAGUCUCAGCCACCGGUGCGCUCUCUCUAUCUGAUCUCACAGGCACAAUUACCCUAGAUAUUCAACACGCACGCCCAAUCCCUGAGAAUGGCGCAUACUUCGCACCAGGCAUGAUCGUUCUAGUCGAGGGUAGCUACGAAGAGGAUGCCGGGGCUACAUCAACUCUAGGAGGCAGCAGUGGCAUUGGCGGCACUAUAGGCGGCAAAUUCCUUGGUUUCUCAGUUGGACACCCUCCCAGCGAACGAAGAACAGCAACCCUGGGCGGUGCCGAAGAGGUCGAUAAGAACAGUUUGGCUGGGCCAGCAUUCGGAUGGACAGACUUCCUGGGCGUUGGUUCUCAGCGUGCGACCGGUACUCGGAUGAACAAGAUUGCGUCGAAACUCCUCGAUCUCGGCACAGCACACAACAUUGUUGUAGCCUCAGACCUUCAUCUGGACGUGCCAUCCACACUGUCCGCCCUUCGCACCCUCCUACGCACAUGCACCCCUGAUCCCACGGAUGCGCAUCCAGUCUAUCCCCUCGCCAUCAUCCUGAUGGGAAACUUCAGUUCGAAAGCCAGUCUUGCAGGCGUGCCAGGAACGGGCAGCAUAGAAUACAAGGAACACUUUGACGCACUUGCCUCUGUUCUCGCAGAGUUCCAACCUCUCAUCGCGCAUACCACACUUGUUCUCGUUCCCGGCGAUAACGACGCCUGGCCGAGUGCGUUUUCAGCCGGUGCCGCUACACCAUUACCGAGGAAACCCAUUCCGACCAUGUUUACAAGCAGAAUCAGGAAGGUGGUAGCUGAAGCGAAUAGAGAGAUAUGGGGUGCAGGUAAAGCAAAGGGCAAAGAAGGAGAAGUGAUCUGGACAUCUAAUCCCUCACGCCUGAGCUGGUUCGGCGUGAAGGGCGAGAUGGCGAUACUGAGGGACGACGUGGCUGGAAGACUGCAGAGACAAUCGAUAAGAUUCAACAAGCCGCCUCCAGAUGUAGAUGAUGACAUGCCAUACGCGCCUAGUCAUCAACAACAAGAGGCAGAGCAGCAGGACGCCAUGGAUCUUGAUCUCAGGGGGCCACCACCCCGACAACAUCAACAACAACAACAACAGAAAUCAGACGUCGACAUUGACACACAAACAGCGCGCGCGCUCACCAGAACCAUUCUCUCACAAUCACAUCUUAGCCCCUUCCCGCUCUCGGCACGGCCACUACAUUGGGACUUUGCUCAUACAAUGAACCUCUACCCAUUGCCAACAAGUUUGGUGUUAGCGGACAGUGAGGCCCCAGCGUUUGUGGUCAAGUACUUUGGCUGCACAGUCAUGAAUCCGGGUAGUAUAGAUGAGAGUGGUGGAAGAGGAAGGAGAGAAGGGAGGGCGAGAUGGGUGGAAUUUGAUAUCAGGACUUCUGCGGGAGUGGUGAGGACGGAAGGGUAG